AUGGACAGUGAUGACGAAGAUCUGAGAGAACCAACGGUUCAGCUCGAGGCAUCCACCUGCAACACGUGUGCCAAGGACAAAAGAACACACUGGUUCCCCACUGUGCCCUUUGCCGGUCUAAACUCACUAACUCGUUACCGGAAACAUAUUGUACUGCCGCCAACUGACAUGAUAUCGUGGUGCUUAGAUUUUGAUUCUGUAAAAAACGAUAUAGCCUCGUGGCAUGCGUACAGCUCGCUUGAGAAGAGCUUGCUUCUGUCUAAUGUUGUGCGCAUCGAGCACCUAUUCAAAGCAUGCUUGACCCUUCUGAGGUACUCUAUUACCAGUGAUAUGCUUCGCGGCGUCUUGGUGGCUGCGACAGUAUUCAAAUGGGCUUCAGGUGUAGCGGAUGCCGCCAAAGAUGGCCUGGCAAUCGCGUUGCAUGCGCAGUCGAAAUCAUCGUUGCAUGGCUGGGUAGCAGGAUCUGAAGUGACCACGCGCGGACUGAGGCGUGCGUUGCUCCGCAGAGGUGACGUCGCAUUCGUAGAGAUCCUGGCACCGUUUGCUUAUGAAGCAGCGACCUCUCGACUAUGGGAUAUACUUCUAGUGGAAGGGUUUUCUGGUCCAGUGGCUACGUUGGUCCGCAUUGUACGGCGGCUGCAUGGAAAUGUGGUAAUUAUACAUUGGUGUCUGGACACGUAUCCGUCACUACCUACAAUAGCAGCCAUUGACGCUGACGGCUUUCUCACCAACUCGAGGCUCUUGGCCGCGCGUGGUUUCGAGGUAGCUGGCGGUGCACUUGAUCUGCAGUCGGCUUGGUUCCCCACAGCUGAUCUGGCACCUCGUGGAUUUGCGGCACUCGCAGUGGAUCCCGACGAGAUGAGUUCAGACUCUGCAUUUGUGUCUGAAACGAACAACGCCAAAAACCUGGUUGUAUAUUUGGGGCAACCAUCGCAGGGGAAAAAAAUGCUCGCUAAUGUAUUGAUGUCAAUCCAUCGAAACGUUUCCGGUGCACGUUUAGCCAUCUAUGGAACUGCCUGGGACCGAUUUGCUCUUUGGGACAACGAUCAUGCGAUUCUUGUCGCCUGUUGCUGGCAGGGUGCUCUUCCAAGCGAUGAGAUUGCCAGACUCUACAGUGAAGCAUCUGUCGUACUUGGGACCACCGAUUCGUCACAGCGGCGACUAGGCAUGGUCAAUAAUCGAGUCUUUGAGGCGUUGGCCUGUGGUGGGGGUCGCCUUAUAUCAGUCGAGGAGCAAGGUGAAGAUGGAUUCCCUGAGUUACAGGCUAUGCUGCGAGGACACGGUGACGUGGUAUAUUCUGCCACCAGUGCGGCAGCGGCUGUCGCUUCAUUAUUGACCGCACAAAGGGCAACACCAAUGGUCAUCCGCAACGAUGCCGCAGCAGCUCGAGAGCACAUAACUGAUCGACACACUUAUGAUGCCCGCGCAGCGGGGAUCUUAGAAAACGCCGCACAGUGGCACGGCGAUGGACGACCAAGGCUGAGUCGUCCUCUUCUUCUCCUUGUGGUUGAUGGCGGUAGUGCCGCCGACUGGGCUCUUUUCUAUGGCCUUCUGCCUGCGUUAUUGGCGCUUGAUCAUAGCUGGCGUGUUCAAGUCGUGGAUGUGACAACAUUUGUAUUGGCUGACUGUGCCGGUGCGGCGCUCGUUGCUGCCCGUGGAUCCUGGGGUGCGGGGGCCGUGCGUGCUGUCGCGGCACUUGAUGAAGUGGCCGCUUGCGCAGUGGGUAGUGGCAUCAACGGUGAGCCUCGUCGUCCAUCGACAGCACUCUUUUUGAAGAGAGGCUUUGUUGAUGGAGAAGUCCUACCUCCUGAUGUGCAAUGCUCUGAGAUGUUGCGAUUCGAUGCCAUAUUCCACGACUGCCUGGAUGCGCUCCCAACGUGCCUGGAGGAUCACCCAAACGCCCAGAUCGCACUCGGGGUCGACCUUGAAGCUUUUCGACAAAAAUUAUCUGCAGCUAGUCUGUUUUGGACUUCGAGGCAUUAUCGCGUCAUAUUGGGGACAAGCGCGCCCUGGUAUCGUAUUCAACGCUCCCUUCAAAAUUCUGCUGGUGGGUGCAUCCUUGCAUUCAUUCUCCCUUCGUGGCAUGGUGAAUCAUCUGGCACCUUGGUAAAUCGGACAGGCUGCGUUGAUGUACGGCGCACGUUACGUAUGGAGGCGUUCCCCGCCGCCUUGCGUGCGGGCGUUUCUCUCGAAGUACCAUGCGCUCCACAGACUGGAUGCGCAUUCCUAGUUCUCGCGGGUCUCGCCAGCGGUAUCCCAUUGCGCGUCACUGAUGAUAAUCCGACACUUUCCAAACUAAGCCAGCUGAACCAGGCCAAUUUAUCUCAGCUCUUCUCUCUUGAAUCCCUUUCCCACACACUCAGGCACGUAUGGAGCUGUUCACUUCCUGUGACCGUGCGCCGCACUGACUUCGUGCCUCCCGACGACGGGGUCUGGUGCGUGCGUGUCAACGAGAUGGAACUUCUUUGCCAGGGCGACACACAAGACCAUGCAACGGCCAAUUUCGAGCUUGUUUCAGAUUUUGAUACCGCGCCAGUAGUGCAAGUCUCUGCGGUCAUCCGAGCGCCAGCCCAGGGAAAUGUGAGCACGCUCAUCGUAGUCCGGAGAUCAUAUUUCGUCCCAGUAACCCUGAUAUCUGAGGCGUGGGCGCAAACUUAA